AUGAGAAGGGCCCUAGAAGGAUGGGAGGGAGGAAUUUCAAUCGGGGGUGUUAAGAUCAGCAACCUCAGAUAUGCGGAUGACACCACACUCUUUGCAUCAUCGGAAAAAGAACUCGCUCAACUCCUUCGCAGAUUAGAGGUAGAGAGUGGACUGGCUGGACUUAGUAUUAACAAGUCCAAAACAAAAGUUAUGUUGAUAGACAGAACCGGUCAACUCUCUAGGACUGGAGAACUCUCGGACCUAGAGUUUGUGAGUGAGUUUGUUUACCUCGGAUCGCUACUUUCGGACAGAGGAGGAAGUGAACAAGACAUAAGAAGACGAAUCCAAAUAGCCAAAGGUGCAAUGACUAGAUUAAAAAGAAUUUGGCAGAACAGAAAAAUCUCUAAUGUCACCAAAAAGAGACUUGUCAGAACUUUAGUGUUCUCCAUCUUCCUUUAUGGCUCUGAAGCAUGGACGAUUCGAGCAGCAGACAAGAAAAGGAUUGAUGCGUUCGAAAUGUGGUGUUGGAGAAGGAUGCUUCGGAUACCAUGGACCGCUAAGAGGACCAACGAAUCGAUCCUGGGGCAGCUUCGUGUUGACACCAGACUCUCUACCACGUGUUACCAGAGUAUUCUGAGUUACUUUGGUCAUAUUGCCCGACGCCCGCCUAAUAACUUGGAUAGACUUAUAGUCGUAGGUAAGGUGGGGGGCAAAAGACCACGCGGCCGAUCAUCUAGCCGCUGGUCAGACCAGGUCAAAUCACUCACUGGCCUCUCACUCACGACUGCAAUGCAAAAAGCCGAGGACCGGACAGAAUGGAGGGCUAUAGUGAACAACGCUACGAAGGCACUAAAAUACGGACACGACCUUCAGUUUUGA